ACUUUUCUAAUUGUUCUUUAGUCAAGACUAAAGGCUACAUCAUUCACGAUGUACUCGAGGAGGUGCACAUCCGACCGAAAUUCUUAUUGGGAUAAUGGACAUAAUGGACAGUGUAUACAAUGCAAAUUAAAGUUUCCAAUAAAAGCAGGGUAUGAGUUUUCUCCCAACUGCGGCUAUGAUGAUGAGGGUGGCAGGCAUGAAAUAGCCCACCGUCCGUGUAACCCCAAAACAUUCAACAACGGGAGUUUCGUUGAAUGCCAGUCAUGCACCAUUUGUUCUGGGAAGACUAUCCACGAAUGCAACACUACAGUGGACGCGCAAUGCUGUGAAGGGAAGGAGGAUGGACGCGGUCUCGGAUUUACAACAAAAAGGACAACCUUGGCUUCAACCUUGGCUUCAACCUUGGGUUCAACCUUGGGUUCAACGACAAAACUCCCACGAUCCACCAGUAUUGGUAUUGAUGUACUUAAAUCUGAACAUUUUCUUGGUUGGAUUACAUGUACAACUGUCUUUGUAAUUAUUCUCCUAUUAUUAGUCGUCUUCUGGAAGAGAAAGCAAAAAUACAUAUACCCAUGUUGCAAAGAUAGUGAAGAGCAGCCAAACUGUACUCCAAUCACUAUUGAGGAGGUCCCCUUAUACAAUGGCCACUAUACAAACCACCAUGCAACCCAAUCACAGGUGGAAAAACAAGAUCCGUUGAGUCUGGAGAUCCAGUCUGCACCGUUACAGAUAGUCCUGGAGAACCUGGAUGUUCUGGAGGAGCUGGUGAUCCUGCUGGACCCAGAGAGGGCAGGGGUGAAGAACACCACCCACCUGGCCUCCAGGUGCUCCUUCCCAUCCACCUGGAUCACCUACACCUACUCCCUGAGGGCGACCCGGAGCCCCCUGAAAGCAGUGCUGGAGGGGGUCACCACCAGAAAUCCUGACUGGACCGUAGGACACCUGGCCCGGCUGCUGAAGGAGAUGGACCGCAAUGACGCAGUGGCAGUGCUCACCAAACUCUCCCUGGCUCAGGAAAUGUAGGAUUCAUUUAGCCAACACUUUUAUCCUAAGCUUUCAAAUAAUUUCCCUGCCGGUACAGCAUGUUUUUUUAUGAAAAAUGUGUUGACUCAUCCUACAGAUCCUUCCUGCCACAGUAUAACUUCAUUGAAUAAUUUUAUAUGAAACGUGUGUAACUUUAAAAAAUCUGCUGUUACUUUUUUUAUUACUUCAACGUGUAUUAUAUUGUAUACUUAAAUGUAAAAUCUGUUUUAACACAACA